ACCGACGAAAUUAAACCGAUCACCGAUGAUACUCAGAGGGGCUAUUUUGUACGGCCCAUUUGUUGGAACAUCGAAAGACACUUCUCCUGCAGUUUCUACGCGGAUUCGUUGACCGGUCACGGUCCUUUGAUUGGCCAGUACGAGGGUUUCAGCGAGGGCUGGUUUAGCACCGAGUAUGCAGCAUAUUAUAGAUGCUGGUUUACUGGCUCCCAACGUCGG